AAUUGCACGCACUCCAUAGUUUUCUGAAGCAGAUGAUGGCGUUGCUAACUUUUCUUAUUCAGUGGCUUGCUCUGAUUAUCUGUGCUUCCCCUAUUUUCUCCGAUGACGAAGUAUGUGGCCCGGAGUUUGCCCCGCUGAGUGAUUACGAACGGGCAGUGAUAGUCUACGUUCACAACAGGCUGAGAGCCAAUAUUGCUCAGGGGCUAGCCGACAACUACAUAGGAAAACUACCUUCGGCGAAGAAUAUGUACAAGCUGCAAUACGAUUGCGAGAUGGAGAAGCAGGUGCAGCGUGAGUUGGAAAAGGGAGCUACACGAAUAACAUUUGACAAUGGUUAUGGACAGAAUAUUGCUGUGAUGACUAAAAUGGCAGAUAACAUGAUUGAGAAUGUCAAGGUUGCCAUGGAAUUAUGGUCUUCUCCUAUCCUUCAUUAUGGUAUUAGAAAUGAAAAGAAAAAUGUCACUUACGAUGAUGCACGACUUUACACCUUUGCUAAUAUGGUAUUUGCAAAAACAACUCGCAUCGGUUGUGGUUACGAAGAAAGCGGAAGUACCGUUGUUUUUUCGUGCAUCUACAAUCUGGUUGGAGGUUUCCCGGGCACUACUCUCUAUGAAUUAGGGGAAGGCUGCAGCAGUCACUGGGACUGUACAACAUAUUACGGUUCAGAUUGUGACGCAUUUGAGAAAUUGUGUACAUAUCCAGAGCAUGUAGAUCCAGGUCCAGGUGAUGACAGAAACAUUAUGUGUAAGGAUAACAUAGGUUUGACAGAUCAGGAUCGCAAGGACUUUCUAUAUUUUCACAAUUGCGACAGGAGCACAAUUGCUACGGGCUCUGGUUGGAAUGGAAAUCCCUCGGUUUUGUUACCUACCGCCUCUUUCAUGCCAGAAAUGGUUUACGAUUGUGGGUUAGAAUCUGACGCUAUCAAGUACGUGAACAAGUGUUCUAUGAAAAAAUCCAGCGUUAGCGAAAGACCAGGUUAUGGUGAGAAUGUGUACAUUACAUCACCAAAUUUGACUCCCUUUGAAGCAUUGAAAGAAGCUGAGACUGCUUGGGUAUACGAAGCAUAUAAUUCAACGACAAAAAUUGACAACGCGAUGAAGUUUGAUGAGUCACUGAGGAACAAAAGUAGCUUCUCACAGGUAGUAUGGGCAAAGAGUUUUAAACUUGGCUGCGCAGUGCGAAAAUGCAACUUCGCAACUUUCGUCGUCUGCCGAUAUAGUCCCGCUGGAAACAUCUUUGGUGAGCAGAUAUAUGUACCCGGAGCGACAUGCCAAGGAUGUGCAGAUCAUUGUUCUGAAGGGUUGUGCAGCGUCCAUUGAGUACAUGCACGAGAAUUUGAUUGUUUGGAAAUAAAUGGUGAUACUAAACUCAAAAAA